AUGGCGCUUCCGCAGAACCUGGCAACGUUGGUGUCGAGGAGGACCACCAUGCUGGACGCUUUGGGUCGGGCAGAGGCUUUCAUAGAGGCCUACGACGAACAACGUGAUCGGCCACAGGUACCUAUUCGACUCGAGUAUUUCAACAGCAUGUGGGCUGCUCUGGAGGAGGUGCAGGGGCAGCUGGAGGAUCGAGAGGAGACGGAAGAAGGUAGGCAAUUCCAUCGUGCCGUCCGUGCCAAUUUUGAGCCUCGGCUAUUUACAAUAAAAGCCGAUUUAAUUUCGAAGUUACCUGUUCUUAAUCAACCUGCUCGCAUCCCUGAAUCUGGUUCGCAUGCUUCCGUUCUCUCUGGGCUAAAAUUGCCGACUAUUUCGCUACCUGAGUUUGAUGGGGACUACAUGCAGUGGCUAGGGUUUCACGAUACGUUCUUGGCAUUGAUCCACUCUAACAACGAUGUACCAGAGAUCCAAAAAUUCCACUACUUAAGGGCAGCUCUAAAGGGUGAAGCGGUGCAGCUGAUUGAAUCCAUCGCGAUCAGCUCCGUUAAUUACAGCUUGGCUUGGCAAACUCUCGUCGACAGGUACGCAAACGAUUAUCUACUGAAGAAGCGACAUCUACAGGCGUUGUUCGACAUCCCAUCCGUACGAAAGGAAACCGCUGCAUCGCUGCACGCGCUGGUCGACGACUUCCAGCGACAUACGAAAAUCUUAUGCCAGCUAGGAGAGCCGACUGAAUCUUGGAGCAGCAUUCUAGAGCACCUCCUAUGCACGAAACUUCCUGAUGAUACGCUUAAAGCCUGGGAGGAUCACGCUUCGAUCAACAACCAACCAGACUACGGUUGUCUAAUUGAAUUCCUGCAGCGGCGAAUGCGAGUAUUGGAGUCCAUUCUGGUGAACCAUCACCAGCCAACGUCCUUUCCGUCUGGCUCCACUUCUGCUCCCAAAAGGCAGUCUCACUUACGUCUGUCAUCAUAUGCUUCCACUUCCAGCUCUGCUAAUAAGUGUCCGGCCUGCAACCAGGAACAUCCACUGAUGAAAUGUUUGAAAUUCAACCGCUUCUCCGUAUCCGAACGACUGCAGCUCGUCUCGAAUAAGCACCUGUGUCACAAUUGUCUAAAAGGUGAUCACAUUGCUCGCAACUGUCCGUCGAAUUUCAACUGCAAGCGCUGUAACAAACGGCAUCAUAGCAUGCUGCACUCCAGCGAAACUUUUAGGCAAACCAACGAAUCAUCCUCAACUCGUACGUCUACGCAUACUCAAGCUGUCCAGUCCAGCACUCGCUCAACAGCAGAAAUGGUUCCUCAAUCCACUGUUGCAGCCACUCAAGUCGUUCCCCGGGUCGUUGUCACUGCAUCUGCUCCACAGCCUCGUGAAGAUGUCUUUCUUCUGACGGUACUGGUGAAGGUCAUCGAUGCGUACGGUCAGGACCAUCUAGCUCGUGCCUUACUCGAUAGCGCGUGUCAGCCGAACCUCCUAACUGAUCGCUUUGCACGCAGGCUGCGCCUAAGGAGGGAGCCCGUGAACGUUACCAUCCAGGGGGCUGGAAAUUUAUCGAAAAAGGUUCGUGAGUCUAUCUACGCUCGGAUAAAAUCGAGAAACGAUAAUUUUGAAUGCGGCGUGGAUUUUCUGCUGAUGGAUACAGUUACUGCAGAUCUCCCGGCACAGGACAUCGCAGUGAAGGAAUGGAAGAUUCCGCAGAAUUUAGAAUUGGCCGACCCCUCGUUUAACAAGAGCCAACAGAUUGAUAUGGUUCUGGGUGCCAAGCAUUUCCACUCUUUCUUCCCAAGCACUGCUCGUCUUCAGUUGGCCAACAAUCUUCCGAUUAUGGUAGACAGCGUAUUCGGCUGGGUCGUCACGGGAUCUGCUAGCACGACUCAUCCCGCUCAACAACAGUGCGCCGCUCCCAGCGUUGUCGCAGUAUCAAUGAUGACCCUUGAGGAGAAUAUGGAGCGGUUCUGGAAAACUGAGGAACUAACGGUCGGCGACAAUUACUCCAUUGAAGAACGCCAUUGCGAGGACUUCUAUAAAUCCACAACGACUAGGGACAACACAGGUCGUUACAUCGUCCGCCUGCCACGGAAGCCUGACUUCGAUGCGAUGCUUGGAGAGUCCAAGUUCAGCGCUCUUCGGCGUUAUGAGCAGCUCGAGCGACGACUGGAUCGGGAUCCGCAAUUGAAAGAAGAGUACCAAAGUUUCAUGAAAGAGUACCUCUCCCUCGGCCAUAUGCGACUGGUCGAGACGGACGACGGAUCAAGCUCACACAUUUACUAUCUACCCCACCACCCCGUUAUAAAAGAAGAAAGCACGACCACCAAGCUCAUACUGUUCCGUUUUGACAAGAAUACUCCCGUCCAAACGUACGAAUUGCGAACCGUAACCUACGGCUUAGCUCCAUCCUCCUUUCUGGCAACCCGUACGCUCCAACAGCUCGCAAUGGACGAAGGCCAUGCGUAUCCUUUGGGUGGUCCAUCGCUUCGCAAGAACUUCUAUGUUGAUGACUUCAUCGGAGGUGCUAAUACGGUCGAGGAAGCUAUCCAGCUUCGGGGGGAGCUAUCUGAACUACUCAACAAAGGAGGAUUCGAACUGAGGAAGUGGACCUCAAAUCGUUUAGAAGUUCUUCAAGGCCUCGAAAGCAACCAGAUCGGAACGCAAUCAAGUCUGCAAUUCAGCCCAAACGAAACCAUCAAGACACUGGGCAUUCGUUGGGAACCGGAGAUGGAUCAACUUCGCUUCGAUUCUCAAGUGCAGACACGCGAUGACCCUCCCACGAAACGAUCCAUCCUAUCUGACAUCGCCAGAUUGUUCGAUCCUCUUGGUCUAAUUGCACCAGUCGUCGUCAAAGCAAAAAUUCUCAUGCAGGAGUUGUGGUCGCUUGCCUGUGAGUGGGAUGAUCCGGUGCCAAAUGCCAUUCGAGUGAAGUGGGAACAGUUUCGGAACGAGCUACCGAAGAUCUCCGUCUACAGAGUUGACCGUUACGCAUUCCUACCAGACGCCAGCGUGGAACUACACACCUUCGCCGAUGCCUCGACAACUGCCUAUGGAGCAUGCGUAUACGUUCGCUGUAUAAACACCCUGGGAACAGUGAAAAUAAGAUUACUAGCUUCGAAAAGCAAGAUCGCUCCUUUGAAACGGCUGUCCAUCGCCCGGCUAGAACUAUGUGCUUGCGUAUUAGCGGCGCAUCUACAUCAUCGCGUGAAGGAGUCUAUCGGCGUACACGUUGCGGCAUCGUACUUCUGGUAA